GUUUCCUAAAUAUUUAAACCUUCUUUGCACAAUCAAUAAAACAAAUUAAAAAGAUCCAAUAUAUAAUCAAUACUGUAUAGCGUUUCAAUCGAAAAUUGCACAAGCAUUUCAGCAGUAGAAUUCGAACAAUGAUACUUAUCACACUGUUUCUUCAAAUCGUAUUAGUAUCUGGUAAAAGCAUAUUUUAUAAGAGUCAUCAACGCGAGAACCAUGAGAAGAAUUUAAAAUUCAUGGUCGAAGAAAUGGUGAAGGAAAUUAGUAAUCAAAGCAGCUGCAUCGUUUUUGUCAGCGAUUCUGUCUAUCGAAAUCUCGUUGAUGUUAAAAAUAUCGAAAAUUUUUCAAACACGUCAAAGUACGAGAUUGCUUUGCGGGAUAAUGAACAGUUUUUACGACCAAGACGGCGAAUUCAAAGAAUUUUGACCGAGGGAAAAGCAGUCGAUUGCCGUGCAUACGUUAUACUAAUUGCCAAUGGAUAUUUGACAGCAGAAUUUUUGCAGUACACAGAAAGAGAACGUCUCAUUAAUACGCGUGGAUUGUUUCUAUUGAUAUAUGAUUCUCGUUUAUUUCAACCAUACCUGCAUUAUCUUUGGAAUAGAAUAAUUAAUGUGGUUUUUAUUCGCCAAUACAAUGAAUAUAAGCAUCGUUCGGGUGGAAAAGUUUCCAAAGAAAAAAUUAAUUUGGAUACAAUUUAUUUCCCUUCUCACAGAAGAAAAUCUAUUGCAACAAAGUGUAUAGAUACUUGGUACAAAGGCAAAUGGCGUUAUGGUACCAAUCAUUUUACAGAGAAAAUCACCAACUUACAAAAAAAGCAUUUGCAAAUUGCCGUGUUUGAGCAUAUUCCAGCAGUGACAGAAAAAUCAAGGAUAUAUUAUAACAAACAACCAGAUGACAAGAUAGAAGGUCUUGGAAUAGAAUUUGAACUAAUACAGAUCAUAUCAAAAGCAAUGAAUUUUAAACCAAAAUAUUAUAUGCCUGAUAAUAUUACUUCUGAGAAAUGGGGAAUUGAAGAAGAUAAUCAAACUCAUGUUGGACUAGUAAGUGAAGCUAUACAAGGAAAGGCUGCAUUUUAUUUGGGUGAUUUGUAUUAUACAUUACACCAUUUGAAUUAUUUUGACCUUACUAUCCCAUAUAAUACUGAAUGUCUUACAUUUUUGACACCAGAAUCUUUAACUGAAAAUUCAUGGAAGCUUCUAAUACUUCCAUUCAAACUUUAUACUUGGAUUGCUCUUGUCCUUACUUUAAUUUUAGGAAGUGCUAUAUUUUAUUUUUUGUCAUUAUCAUAUAAAAGACAUAUCAGUUUCUAUAAAAAUCAAAUGCAUUUUCAAAACAUAUCAAUGAAGAACGAACUAAAAGGAUUAUAUCUAUUUACCGAAAUAGGAAAUAGUAUUUUAUAUACUUAUAGUAUGCUGUUUCAAGUUUCAUUGCCAAGCUUGCCAAGCCCUUGGGCUGUGAGAGUAUUAAUUGGGUGGUGGUGGAUUUAUAGCAUUUUAGUAACAGUUGCUUAUCGAGCUAGCAUGACUGCAACUCUAGCAAAUCCAGUUGCCAGAGUUACUAUUGAUACACUGGAACAAUUGGCAAAAAGUUCUAUAGGAGUUGGAGGAUGGAAUAAAGAAAGUAAAAAUUUUUUUUCAAUGUCAUCAGAUCUUAGUAGCCAAAAAAUUGGCAACAAAUUCCAAUUAAUUGAACAAGAAGAUGAAGCUAUUGAAAAAGUUGCAAAUGGUUCUUUUGGUUAUUAUGAAAAUUCCUAUUUGCUUCGACAUGCCCGUGUGAAGAGACAAAUAUUAGAGAAAGAAAAAAAAGAAAAUAAAACUACAGAAGAUAUAUCAUCAAAACAUAAUUUGCACAUCAUGCAGGAAUGUGUUAUAAAUAUGCCAAUAGCCCUUGGUUUAGAAAAAAAUUCACCAUUGAAACCAAAAGUUGACACUUUAAUAAGGCGUAUAAUAGAAAUUGGAUUAGUUGAAAAAUGGUUAAGUGAUGUCAUGGAAUGGUCAAAAAUCAUGGAAAUACGACAAGAAGCUGAAUCAGAGAAAGCAUUGGUUAAUCUUCAUAAGUUACAAGGUGCAUUUAUUGCAAUUAUAGUUGGAUACCUAUUAGCAUUCAUGAUUUUAAUAGCUGAAAUUUUACAUUGGAAACAUAUUGUAUUAAAAGAUCCAAAGUUUGAUAAGUAUCAUUUAGAUAUAUUUUAUAAUAGUACUAAUAAUUCUAAGAUAUAAAUAAACAACCUUAAUUAAUUUUUUAU